CGUGUUUGCGUGAGACUAACGUUUGGAAUUUCUGUCUCUGAUAUACCAGCCAUGUUAUAUCAUAAAGUGCUAUUCUUUUUCGCGAUAACAUCUUCAAUCCAUACAACAUGUCGAGGCCAGGCGCACCUCGAUCCAGAGCAUCGCCUCAUGAAUGAUCUGUUUGCAAAUUACAGUAAAGAAGUGAGACCUGUCGUUGACAAAGAACAACCGAUACCGGUCAAUUUUGACAUGAUGUUUAGUCAACUCGUUGAACUGAACGGACGGAGCCAGAUAAUGACCAGCAAGGUUUGGAUUCGACAGUCUUGGGAAAAUCCUUUUUUGAGGUGGAAUCCUUCGGAUUAUGGUGGUGUGAAGUUCAUCAACAUUGACCCGAAACUUGUCUGGAAACCUGACAUUGUUCUCUACAACAGUAUUCAGAGCGAUAGUGGCGAGAUGUACAAGUUUAACACCAAAGUCGUCAUCAACGACAAUGGUUCAUGUCAGUGGUACGCCCCAACAGAGGUGAAAACAGUCUGCAAGAUCGACAUUACCUACUUCCCUUUUGACCAACAAAGGUGUAGUAUGGUGUUUGGAUCUUGGACCUACACCAGCUCUUCGUUAAACCUAAAGCUUUCCCGAAGAGAAGUCGAUUUAUCCAGCUACAUUGCCAGCGGCGAAUGGGACCUGAUUUCUGCCGAGGCUGUACGUAACGUGGUGAAGUACACCUGCUGCCCUGAUCCGUUCAUUGACAUAACCUACCAUAUGCUCCUUCGCAGAAGAGUUCUCUUCUACCUCAACAAUUUACUCCUUCCCUGCGUCGCACUGGCGAUUUUAACGGUGUUCGCGUUCUUCUUGCCGGUCGAAUCCGGUGAGAGGAUCUCACUAAUUAUCACAAUUCUUCUGGGUUUGACGGUUUAUUCACUCAUCUUCACUGAAAACAUUCCUUCUACUUCCGAAGUCACCCCGCUCCUGACCAAGUACUCCACCACUAUCAUGGCGCUCCUGGGCAUGUCAUUGGUUGUUUCAUGUCUAGUGUUGUGGGUUUACCACCGAGAUGCUUCAGCUGAAAUGUCCAAAACCUUUGAAUUCAUCGUUUUCUCAGUUCUCUCUAGAAUCCUAAGGAAGCCUCGGCCGGAGGAAACACCCAAAGAUGGUUCAAAACGAAAGCAUACUCCAGUGAGCGUAGUCGCCGACCGCUGGCCGACCUAUUUUCCUGUGCAGAGGCGCGCUGCCUCAGAGAGUGGGAAUUCUAGUCCCCAGUGUAAAUCACCAAACGGUUCUGCGCAAGAAUUCGUUUUCCCCACGCAACUGGAGCGCAAGUUCGAUCAAGUUAUCGCCAAGCUUGAUGCCGUUGCGAACUCUUUAACAGUUGACCAAGGCGAAGAGGAAAAGAAAAAGAAAUGGCAAACGGCUGCCCAAAUCAUUGACCAAAUGUUCUUCUGGGUUUUUACAGUGAUAGUUAUCACAGUCACUGUUGUCAUGUAUUUCAUGAUCCCCAAAUACGGUUAGACGGUGAUAUUCGAACUGGAGUUUAGCUAGAUAUUAACCGUUUUCACUCUAACAUCAGUAUAAAUACUCUCCGUAUUGUUCUCUACACAUUUACUAAGGUGCUGACAAAGAGAAUUUGAGAA